AUGUUCUGGAACAGCCAAUCCAAGUCGUUCUACUUCCGAAUUUUGAUGAUUGGAGGAAUUUCUCAAAUACUUCUCAUGAUGCUUGUUUUCAGAAAUCCCAGUAAACCACAAGGUAGGCUAUUUAUAAAUCGUUCAGCGUCAGACUUUCCGAGAGUUGACAGAAACAACGUUCCACGAGAUGGACUCUUCGAACAAUUACAUGAAUGUGUGCGCCCUGCCUGUCUAUGAUUACUGGCAUCCGACAGUCAUGAGACACGUGGAUUACGACUUCGAUCCGACGAGAGACUGCGACGAGAACUUCAGGCCGUACACUGAAUUAGUGAACGGAACGUGGCGGAUUGUGGAGGAGAGACAGGGUACAAACUGUUCGGCGAGGUGCUACGAAUGGGCCGGGGAGUACAAUGUUCGGCGGGGGCCGUGGAUGCAGCCUGGAGUUGUGAGUUGCGAGUUUCUGGAAGCAGUGUGUUGGGAGGGAGAGCACGAAGUGUACGGAUACAUGCACACUCAGAUCGUGAAGAAGUGAGUUGGCUUAUCAUGUGAACGUUAAAACAAUUGGAAAACAGAGAGCCGACGACUGCUCCAAAGUUUGCGAAUCCGCCGAACGUCUUUGUUUUCUUGUUCGAUUCAUUGAGCACUGGACAGGCAAAGAGGUACUCGUGACUGUCUUCAGUCGAAUGUUCCGAUGCUUUCAGAUCCUUCCCCAAAUCCAUUUCGACACUCUCCAGUCGGUUUGAGUCGGUCGAGUUUCCAUUUGUGAAUAAAGUCGGAGAGAACAGUCGCCCGAAUGGAAUUCCACUUUGGUUUGGUUAGUUUUGGUGACUUUCAAACCAAUCUGACACACUUUUGUUCUCAGGAAAAUCCAUCGAACCCAUCAACAACGAAGCGUUCGGAGGUGAAAACAUUGAGCCGGAUUGGAACUACACAAAGUCCUGCUACACUGAUCUGGAGGAGUCGGGAACGUCAAUCUUCAAAGACUUUGAAAGCCACGGAUACAUGGUACCAUACAACUUUCCUUCUCGGGAAUACCACUUCAUUUCAGACCAUGGAUAUUGACGAUUGGGCCUCGCAGAUGGUGAAUUACCCGAGUUGCAACGGGUUCAGAGAGCCGCCCACUCACCAUUACAUGCAUCCAUUUCAACUGGUUUACGAACGAUUCGGCGCCAACAUCACAAAAGAGCACUUGAACGGAAAACUGUGUCGGGAGGAAGUACACCCGGUGCUCGAGUAUUUCCAACAGUUUGUGGAUGCUUACAAAGGUCUCGCCAUACUUCAAAUUUUUACAUUUUUCCUCAAAAAUACGAAUAUUGUAACAUUUUCGAAGUUGUGGAGCCGUUUGUUAUUCCUUUGGUUUUCAGGUCGUCCGAUGUUCACAUGGAUGUGGCUGAAUACUUUCGGUCAUAGCAUGUUCAACGGACUCAUGCGAGCAGACGACAUUCUAGUGAAAGUGAUUGAGCGAAACGCGGAAUUAGUAAGCGUUUUGAAAAAAUGUCAUAAUGAAAAAGUUGGAAAUAUUAUGAAUUCAGUUCGAAAACUCGUUCGUGUUUCUGAUGGGCGAUCACGGAUACCGGAUCGGAAAGAAGAGAGUCAGUUUGCAUUUAAAGUGUAAAUGAAUGCAGUUUUCAGUUCCUCCAAACUGACAUUGGAACGGUUGAGAUGCACAAUCCGUAUCUGUCAAUCUCAAUCCCAAAGAGAUUACGUGGCAAUCAGGCGAUUCUGGAGACGAUGCGCCAGAAUUCGAGGAAACUUCAAACUCACUACGACACGAGAGCCACUCUUCUGGAUAUUCUGAAGGUUUCACUAAUCCGCUUCACUUUCUGCUUAUCAACAGUAUUCUCUUCAGUUUCAACCACAGUCCUCAUUCUCUGACAAGAGUAUUCUGGAGAUUUCGGGAGAGAAAGGCAACUCCUACUUCCGUCGGCAGCCGUCAUUUCCAAGAACUUGCGGACGUCUUCCGAUUCCGCCGGAAUACUGUAUCUGUCAAGUUGAGAAGGUUCCAGUGGAAGAGUAAGUGGCGGAAACGAGAAUAAACUCAAAGAAUGAUUCAGUGAGAAUCUGAAAGAGCGAUUCGGAAGACAACUUAUCGAUUACAUCCAUGAUCAACUUGAGAAAGGCAACUUUUCGUCAAUGUGCGAAAAGUUUGAAAUGCGAAAGGUUGGCACUGUUUCCCCGAACAAUCACACAUGAUUUCCCCUAUUCCAGGUCACUUCUCUCGUUCAUUUUGGCCACACAAACCACUCGAACACCUUCCACAAUUACGAGAUUGUCGUGGAAACAGCGGCGCCCAGUUUCGCCCAAUUCCAAACGAUUCUGAUGCACGAAAAGAAAACGAAUGAGGUGAAAUUCGUGAAUAUCAUCCGUUUGGACCGGAUUGGAAAGACCGGAGAAUGCACUGACAGCAGUUUUCACGAGAAAUUGUGCUUCUGCAAAAGUUUGGCGCUGAUGGAGAAGUGGAAAUAUCGGAUGGAGAAACAGAUGGCCGAGAUGGUACUGACCAUUGAGGGAUACUUCCCUAAAUAUCUGAUUUAUUGA